UCAGUGUCUUCAGAAAGUCCAUCAGUCUCCCCAGAAACCUUCGCAGUCUCCCGGUCACCCCGCAAACCCCAACUUCCUCCUCUCCGUGAUCUUCUAAGAACUUUUCUUCUUAAACUUUUUUUUUGUGUUUUUUUGGAGAAUUUCCGCCUCGAUUUCUUCUCAGCUGUUUCAGGAUUUUUUUCUUAUUAUUGUGAUUUUGGGAUAAUUUUGUCGAUUUUGGAAUUUUAAGGAAACUUUGUGUUUUGAAGAAUUCUUGGGGUGUUUUACGCGGAGAUCUUUGGGUUCACAUGAAGAGUUAACGUCCCACCGAGAUCUCACUGCAGCCAGGAUGGAGCGGACGCCCGGAGUGCUGGUCUUACUGGGAAUACUGGGAGGCGUCGUAACGCAAAGUGAGUUUUAUUUCACGGAGAAUCCCCUGAACGUCACGUCGUCGCUGGGGAAGGACAUCGUGCUGCGCUGCGGUGUGAGCGGCGUGGGGGACAUGCCGGACGUGGAGUGGCUGCGGGACGGGGAGCCGUUCCACGUGGCCGACAUUAACCAGAUCCAGGUGCCCCUGGAGGACGACGGGUGGAUGGCGAUCAGCGAGCUCAGUAUCCCGUCUCUGCAGCUGUCGGACGGCGGCUCGUAUCAGUGCGUGGUCUCCGUGGAAGGCGAGAUCAUCCUGUCUGACGUGGCCUUUCUGGACCUGGAAGGUCUGCCGUUCUUCACAGCGGAGCCCCAGGAUCUGCACACGUAUUCCGACGCCCCCUUCAAUCUGAGCUGCGAUGCCCACGGCCCCCCGGACCCGGUGCGAGUGAUCUGGCUUCAGGACGGGGUCCCGCUAAACUCUCUCCACGAUGAUCUGGCAUUAACCCCCUCCGUGCUGGAAGUCAGAGGUCUCAAUAAAUCCUCUCUGUUCUCCUGCGAAGCUCACAACGCGAAAGGCGUCACCACCUCCAGAACGGCGGCAAUAAAAGUUUUACCCAAAAAGCCGACGGAACUGAAAUUAUUAUCCCGAAGUUCCACGGAGCUGGAGGUGGCGUGGAUUCCGGGGAGCAGCGGCGUGUACCCCCUGCGCGUGUGCAGCCUGCAGGCCGCGCUCCCCCCCGCCGCCCUCGGCUCUGCCCCCCACAGCAAGAUCUACAACCAGAACGUGAACGUGCCCCCCCACAGUCACGUGAUCAGCGGCCUGGCCCCCUACACCGCCUACCGCGUCCGCGCCGCCUGUCUGAGCAGCGAGGGGGUAUCGCACUGGACGGACUGGGUGGAAAUGACUACCAUGGAAGGAGUUCCCUCCGGACCUCCUGAAAAUGUGACGGCGAUCCGAAACGGCACGAUGACGACCGUGAUGUGGGGGGGGCCGAGAGCUCCGCUAAACGGGGUGCUAAGAGGGUACAAGCUGGCGUAUCAGACCAAGGAGACAGCAGAGGUGGUGGUGGACGCCGGUCUGAAUAAUGAAUUAACCCUCGAGAUGCUUCAUCCGGUGGAUAACCUGACGGUGAAGGUGGCCGCGUACACGACGGCCGGGGACGGGCCCUGGAGUGACCCCGUGAUUGAAUCGCUCAGGAAUUACGAUGGAUCCUCCCUAUUUCCUUCUCAAGCCGUCAGAGAGAAUUACGCUCCCGUGUUUUCGUGGCAUUGGUGGUACGUGUUUUUGGCGAUCGGCGCGGCGUCUUUGGGAGCCGUAUUCGCCGCCGUCUUCCUGGCCCGCCGGAGGAAGAAGGAGACGCGUUACGGGGAAGCUUUCGAGCCGAGCGUGGAGCAGGGAGAGCUCGUCGUCCGUUACCGAGUGAAGAAAUCGUACAGCCGCAGGACCACAGAGGCCACGUUAAACCGCCUGGGCAUCAGCAAUGACCUGAAGGAGAAGCUCCGGGACGUCAUGGUGGAUCGGCACAAGCUGGCCCUGGGGAAGACGCUGGGGGAAGGAGAGUUCGGCUCAGUCAUGGAGGGGCAAUUAAACCAAGACGACUACAUCCUCAAAGUGGCCGUGAAGACUAUGAAGAUCGCUAUCUGCACCCGCAGCGAGAUGGAGGAUUUCCUGAGCGAGGCGGUCUGUAUGAAGGAGUUUGAUCAUCCGAACGUCAUGCGCCUGAUCGGCGUGUGUCUGCAGAACUCAGAGAACGAGGGAUACCCGUCACCCGUGGUUAUUUUGCCGUUUAUGAAACACGGAGACCUCCACAGCUUCCUGUUAUAUUCACGUCUUGGAGAAAUCCCCGUGUUCCUCCCGACGCAGACGCUGGUGAAGUUCAUGGCAGAUAUCGCCAGCGGCAUGGAAUAUCUGAGCUGCAAGAACUUCAUCCAUCGAGACCUGGCGGCCAGGAACUGCAUGUUGAACGAAAACAUGAACGUUUGUGUGGCGGAUUUUGGGCUGUCCAAAAAGAUCUACAACGGAGAUUACUAUCGCCAAGGUCGCAUUGCCAAGAUGCCGGUCAAGUGGAUAGCAAUAGAGAGCCUGGCUGACAGGGUCUACACCACAAAGAGUGAUGUGUGGUCCUUUGGUGUCACCAUGUGGGAGAUUGCAACGCGUGGACAGACGCCGUACCCUGGGGUGGAAAACAGUGAAAUCUACGAUUACUUGAGACAGGGGAACCGACUCAAACAACCUCCGGACUGUCUGGACGGACUGUACGAGCUGAUGUCCAGCUGCUGGCAACUGAAUUCCAAGGAAAGACCAACUUUUGAGACGCUCUACCUGGAACUGGAGAAGAUCCUCAAGAACCUUCCUCCUGCCAAGGACCCCGACGAGAUACUUUAUGUGAACAUGGAAGAUCCCAAUUUUCUGUCCUCCGAUGACGAUGGUGAACUGGGAGCAGUAGGAGGUCUGGAUGCCAAGGACCUCGGUGAUGACCUCUUCUUGAAGACCAGUUCGGUCACUGCUGAGGUCCACCACUCGGAGAAUUCGAAUCGGUACGUCAUGUGUCCGGCACACGAGACCACCAGGCUCUUGAGGGUAUCUGUAUCCAUGGAGCACCCACCAUACACCUCUGCCGUGGAGGAAGGGACUUUGGAAGAGGUGACGGCCAUCCCAAGGAUCUGAACCAUAAUCAGAAGCCACUCGGUGCAAUAGAAGUCAAUGUCUACUUUUUUUUAACACGGUUCUCAUGAAGAAUGUCUGGUUUUCUAGAAUUCUCCUCCGUCUACCUAACCAUUCAUGGUCCAUCCAAAGGCAUUACGGU